AGCCAUUUUAUUGCUUUAUUUUUGAGUUUUUAGACCCUUCUUGUUGGUGGAACCAAGUUCUUCUUGAAGGGUGCUCUGAGACUGAGCCAGUCGCACAUUCAAUGGCUUUCACCUCUGAACAUGUCUUCGCCAAGCACCUGACUCUGUUCCAGCCAUAUAUUUCGUUCUGCUUAUUUUCUGUCUUCAUGCAAACUGGAUAUACAGUAGGCCUUAUGCUGAAAAUAUCUGGUGAUGAUAUAUGUUUGAAAUAUAUGCAGGCGACAAUGAUGGUGGAUCGCUCGUCUCAUGGCUCCAGAAAUUUGAUUGAUCAAUAUAGGGACAUGAGGCUUGACAUCGACAACAUGAGUUAUGAGGAACUACUUGCUCUAGGAGAAAGGAUGGGGAAUGUGAGCACCGGCUUGUCCGAGAAUGUGAUUUCGAGGUGUUUAAUGGAGACAACAUAUUCUUCUUCAAAACUUAUCCUGGAGGAGGAACGCUGUGCUAUCUGCCUUGAAGAGUACAAAAACGAGGAGGAAGUUGGGACAGUGAAGAAUUGUGGCCAUGACUACCACGUGGGCUGCAUCAAGAAAUGGUUAUUGAAGAAAAAUACCUGCCCCAUCUGCAAAGCUCCUCUCUCAGAUAGUUUGGAGGAGAAAUAUUAGCACUUCUCAUGAUUUCUUUUUUUUUUUUUUAAUCUUAUUCUUGUAAAUAUAUAUAAAGGGAACUAGAGAAAGUGAUAGGGGGAGUUGGAGAGACAUUUCUCAUGGGUAGAAAAACUUGUUUUAAUAAUCUCGGUCUACUUUU